AUGAGUGAUCCUCAAAUUUCUUAUGGUGUUUUAUCAAAUAUCAUUGGUCAUUCUAACGAUUCGGGUUGGUUGGCACCGAGAGGUGUUGUUCUUCAAAUAUUGAAAUACAAGAGAGAUGAAAAAAAUAUUCGCUUUUUGCUUCAUGAUGGGAAGAAUUCGGCACCAGGAUUUUGCACUGAAGCACCUGAAGGUCUUGAUUUAUCAGAUCUUGAAAAUGUUCCAAAUUCUCUGAUACGAAUUCAAAAUUAUUCUGUAAGGCCUAUGAAAGGAAAAUAUUACCUUCUUAUUCGAACUUCGGAAUAUAUUGGAAAAGGAGAAUUUCCCAGUGAAGCACCCACUGCUCUUCCUGUUGCUUCUAAUAGUACAGAAAUUUUCAGUUUUGUUAAUGAUCAACAUAAAUUGACAAAAAAAGAAGAUCAAACAGCUUCUAAUGAUAGUCGCCACCCUCAGUCUCAUCCUCAAAAAAAAUCAAAUGGAAUUUUUACUGAAAUUAGUGCUUUGACCCCUUUUACUACCAAAUGGCGUAUUUGUGCUCGUGUGGAAUAUAGAUCUGACAUUCGAACUUUUAGAUCAAAGACAUCUGGAAAUGAUGGAAGUUUAUUUAAUAUUACUUUAGUCGACAAAAGUGGUGAAAUCCGUGCAACUGGGUUUAAUGAAAUUGUUGAGACAUACUAUAAUAUGUUAGAGCCUGGAUCUGUGUUUGUUAUAUCUGGAGCCAGAAUUAACUCAGCCAACAAGAAAUAUUCUAAUUUGAAACACGAUUACGAAAUCACUCUUGAUCGUAACACUACGAUUGAACCUGCUGAUGACUUUUCAGAAUCGGUUCCUAAAAUGAUUGCCGACUUUACACCACUUGACAAACUGGCUGAUGUUGAGUCAGAAUCAGUAAUUAACGUCAUUGGUGUAGCUCACAACGUUUAUGAUGCUACAAGUCAAAUGUCUAAAACUGGGAAAGAAUACACCAAGAGGGAUAUAAUUUUGGUCGAUAAAUCUCUAUUCAUGGUCAGAGUUACAUUAUGGAGUGAAACUGCAACAAAAUUUGAUGAGUCAAAACAAGGUCAUGUGGUGGCAAUUAAAGGUGUUCGAGUAUCUGAUUUUAAUGGUAAAUCUCUUUCAGUAUUAGCAUCAGGUUUAGUUAUUAAUGAUCCAGAAAUUGAUGAAGCAUACAAUUUGCAAGGUUGGUAUCAAAAUGGUGGGCUCGACAGCAAUUUUAAAUGGAUCAGCAAUUCUGGUGGGGACGGUAAAUUUGAAACUCCUGAAAAAUAUUUGACGCUCCAAGAGGCCACAGAAAACCGUUUGGGGAUGUCAGAUACUCCUGAUUAUUUUAUCACUAUGGCAGUCAUCAACAGAAUUAUUCAAAGAGAACCAUACUAUCCAGCAUGUACACAACCAAAUUGCAAUAAAAAAGUCGUUCAACAAACUAACGAAAAAUGGCGUUGUGAAAAGUGUGAUGUUGAAAUAGAAAAACCGAAUUAUCGUUAUGUUCUGUCUGUCCCAGCAAACGAUUAUACAGACCAAAUAUGGAUAUCGUGUUUUGAUGAAACUGCUCAAGUGUUUUUGGGUGUGUCAGCAAAUGAGUUGUAUGAUUAUUAUCAAUCUAAUGAUGAAGCAUAUAAACACGUGAUGGAGGAUUACAAUCACAAUGAGUAUAUUUUUAAGAUCAAGGCACGCAAAGAAUUUUUUAACAACGUUGAACGAGUAAGAUAUCAAGUUGUUAAUAUUCAUCCGGCAGAUUUUAUCACUGAGAGUCGAAAGUUAUUGGAUGAUAUUCAACAGUAUUAG